CACACACGAACAUCAGUCUCCUGUCACUCUCUAGCAACGUACCCCACCUCGGUUAUUUCAGCGCUCUGUAGCCUGCCAGAAUCUGUCGCAAUGACAUCUUCUUCGUGUGGGGGCCUAGGAUCUCGAUGUUGUGCUAUGCGCUGGAUGUCUUCGCGCGAUCAUGACACAAAUUCGGACAAUCAUGCGCUUCGAUAUCUCGAUGGGGUUGUGAACCCUCCGAAGGUCGUUACAUCAGCACAUCACGAUCGGCUUCUUUGCCAGCUCCUUCCCUUCCUAGUGUUCAUGUUCUAUCGAUUCUCCCUAAGUCUUCCAAACAAAUCCGACAUAUUACAGGGAAUUACUUGCGCCACGAGCGCUGGACUGCUCAUCUUUGUGGCGUUAGUCGAGCUUGUUGCGGGGCAAUCUAGAUGUAGCACUGAGCUUCAACGCGAGAGUGCUAGGAAACAAUUUGGUGCUCUGACUGCUGCUUUUGUUGCUGGUGUAUAGGAAUGGGGGACUUUCCCCUUCAUCGUUAGACGUUGAGAUUACCUACCGCCUUCCCCCUGAUUCGCUUUCGAUCCCAAUCACGAGCCAGAUGUGUUGUUGUCAUCUCGGGGUACUCGUUAUUGCAACCUUUCCUCUCUAUUUUGUACAUUAAUAGUAACGAAGCCGUGUCAUGCGAGCUGGUGUGGUACGUGUGUUUGAGCGAAGAAGAAAAUGGGACUUCAAGGGGGCGUUCGCCGAUUCCUGGCGACUGGAAGAAAGAAAGGAAAAGGAAAAGGAGGACCACAGCAGUCAGGAUUCCCAAGUA